AGUAUUAGAAACCCGGAUGAAUAGUACAAAACCGUGAAACAGGCCUCUUCUCGUUCUCUUCGUGAAAAGCUAACCACGUUGGUGGCUGCUGUUCCUGGCUCACCGCUGUUCGCUUGAAUUUUUUUUUCCGAAUAAGUCGGUCAGGAAUAUUCAUAAUGGCUUUUAAGGACACUGGUAAGGCACCUGUUGAGACUGAGGUGGCCAUUCACCGCAUCCGCAUCACCCUCACCAGCCGCAACGUCAAAUCUCUGGAGAAGGUCUGCGCUGACCUUAUCCGUGGGGCUAAGGAGAAGAACCUGAAGGUGAAGGGACCAGUCCGCAUGCCAACCAAGACUCUGCGCAUCACCACCAGAAAAACACCUUGUGGUGAAGGAUCCAAAACCUGGGAUCGCUUCCAGAUGAGGAUCCACAAGCGUCUGAUUGAUCUGCACAGUCCAUCUGAGAUCGUCAAGCAGAUCACCUCCAUCAGCAUCGAACCAGGUGUUGAGGUUGAAGUCACCAUUGCAGAUGCAUAAAUGAUGCAGUUGACUCAAUAAAGAAAUGAAUGAAGAAUCUGA